AUGACGGACAAGGAACUUUUCAACGAUAUUGUUUUCUAUGGUCACACAGACUCAGUUACGAGCUUAACUUACAACGAGAGAACAGAACAUAUUGUUUCAGUUAGCUACGAUCAGACACUACGGAUUUGGUCUCUAGAUAAGGCCGAACAAAUCGGUAUCACCACAGAACAUGUCACACAAAUAAACAGCGUGGAAAUAGAUAGUAAAGGGAGCAAUAUCACAACUGGAGGAAUGGAUUUCAAAAUAUGUUCAUUCGAUUAUGAUACUUUGCACCUAAAGUUUACUCUACUAAAUGGAGGUGCAGUUACUGACCACUCUAUCAGCAAGGAUGGAAACGCUCUAGUUUGUGUGACUGAUAUAAGUUGUUGUAUGAAUUUGUGGGAUUUAAGAUCUCAGAAGAAAGUAUUUUCUUUACCAAAGGUUCACGAAAAAACACCAACAUCAUGUCAGUUCACUCCAAAUGAGCGUUACAUAAUCACAACAUCCACAGAUGGGUCUACUAAAUGCACUGACCUUAGAUCGCAAAGACCUUUGCUGACGCUCAGAGAUCAUAAAAAUGCUGUGUCAUCAUCAGCAAUAACCAGGGAUGGAAAGUUGCUGACAACAACAUCAUGGGACAAGACAGUCUGUUUAUAUGAUAUCGACAUUGGAAAAUACAGGUUACAGGGACCGCAAACCUUGGAAAAUGGACAUACAGGUUCAAUUAGCAGUUGCGACAUAGAUGAUCAAGGGAACUAUUUGGUGACCGGAGGUCAUGACAAAUCCGUUAUACUAUGGGAUAUUGAAAAACAGGAAAUAAAAUUAUGUCUGAAGAGACACACAGACUGGAUCAAUGAUGUGAGCAUGACAAGAGAUGGAAAGUGGAUUCUGACAGCAUCAAAAGAUAGAUCGAUAAGAUCAUGCAAUAUGGAAGUAAUAGAAAAAUUACCUUUCAGCUAUCUUCCCGGUAAACAACAAAAUAUCCUCACACUGAAGUGUCCUAAUUGUGAAAAGAACUUCGUACAGACCGCGACAACUGACUGGAGAAAACGACCACGAUGUUUGUUUUGUGACCUGGAUGCCAAACUAGACAACUAG